AUAUGAUAAUACAACAUCAUAAGAAAAACUUUUAUCGUUAGAAUCUGAGGUCCCUUUAUGGAUUUGCUAUCGCUGUCCUGAAUCCCAUGUGAAGGAGUAGUGAUUAUGACCAUCGUUUUAAGCUGAUUUGGUGUCCUGUGGUGCGAGACACUGGGUUGAGAAACCCCGAGGAGACAGCUGGUUGGAAACUCACAGACUGUGGCAGAGUGGCCCACAGAUCGCAGACUGGACAGAUUAGCUUAGCCCGCUAGGUCUGAACAGGGGGAAGCGAGUAGUGAGGUAACGAUGAUGUAAAAUGAAUCAUUGUCGUUUUCCAGUCGGAGGCAAGACGGCAACCAUGCCCCGCCACCCCACCCUCCCACAAAUACACCCCUGUUGGGAUAUUGGCAAGUUGUCAUGACGACAGGGAUGUUCUGCUGAUGAAGUCUCGCUCAGCACUGUCCAAUCAGAUCGUGGAGCUACAACCGCAGCGUGAACAGGGGAGGACGCACCUAUUCCAGUUGCACAAUGCUGAGAGAGGACAGGCGAAACCCGGGACCACCAACGGGAAAUUGCCAAUCCGGGGGACGCUGUCAAUGGGCCGCUAUGGUUCGACAAUACACAAACAGCGGGGGUCGUGGAUACGGGGGCUGCCAGGAUACAAAGCGAGGCGUCGGUGGCCAGCCAUGGGAACGAGCUGUCGCCGAGGAGGUUCAGCAGGCAGUGCCCAGGGGUCCCGUGGGGCCCAGAGUUGUCUGAAGUGGAGAGUCAAUGACGCUGAAGGAUGACAAGGGACAGCUGGAGAAGUGGACGACUCUUCACUCUAGGCAGACACAAUGGACCGCAGUCAACAAGAUGAAUAGUUGGCCCGGGAUCAAAGGCAGACCCCAACCGGCCACUCUGGCCAACACAAAGGGGCGUUGGGCGCUGGCGUGGGGCCAGGUGCUGCACAUGGCCACAUAGCCAGGGACAAGCCGUGCAGAUGGGGCCCACGGAGCCCUUGUCACCUCCACCCCCACUCCUGUAUAUGAGAGGUCAGUGGCUAAAGUAUCAGAGUGUGUGCUUCCUGUAAGAUGAUCCAGUCUUGUGCGAUUGACUCCCUUUCCAUCUGUCUUUUCCUUGCGCUCGUCUCUCUCUCUGUCAGUUUGUUUACUUGCUACAACUGCCCUGUUUUUUUUUUUUUGUUUCUUUCUAGAUCUAUCGCACACUCUUCUUCUCUGACUCUCCGUGUCUUUUGCUCUUCCAGAGUGCAGAUCUGAGCGAGUCCGGCGGGCCUGUGCAGCGGGAACAGAACCAGCUGAGAGGUGUCAGCUGAUGUUUUGGCGGAAACACUGUGAGAAUACAGCUCAUGUGCAGCAAUGGAGUGAAGAGGAGCUAAGAAGCUCCCCCGCUGCUUUUAGAGAGUGAGGAGGAUUAGGCUGGAGCUCAGUGGAGGCACGACGGCACUCUCACACGGCAACCGGAGCUGGAGCCAUGAGCAGGGCGCUUACGGAGCACAUCAACAGUAGCUUCCGAGAAGAUGCUCCUCGUCCUCCGGUACCGGGGGAGGAGGGAGAGGCGUCAUGCUACAACCCCAGCAGAUCUGCCAAAAUGAGAGCCCAGAGCAAGGUUAAAGAUACCCCCUCCGCCGCCGCGCCUUCCGGCUCCACACCGCGGAGGAACGAGGAUGGACUCGGGGAGCCAGAGGGCAGCGCGUCCCCGGACUCGCCGCUAGUCCGGUGGACAAAGUCUCUGCAUUUUCUCCUGGGCGACCAAGACGGCGCUCACCUCUUCAGGACCUUUUUGGAGCGGGAGAAUUGCGUGGACACUUUGGACUUUUGGUUCGCCUGCAACGGCUUCAGGCAAAUGGACUUAAAGGAUACCAAAACGUUGCGAGUUGCCAAAGUUAUUUUUAAGCGGUACAUCGAGAACAACAGCAUUGUCGCCAAGCAGCUGAAACCCGCCACCAAGACCUUCAUAAGGGAUAGUAUUAAGAAACAACUAAUAGAUUCUGCCAUGUUUGACCAGGCACAGACGGAAAUUCAGUCCAACAUGGAAGAGAAUGCAUACCAGAUGUUCUUGACCUCUGACAUAUACCUCGAAUACGUGCGCACCGGCUGCGAGAACGCGGCGUACAUGAACCACAGCGGUCUCGGCAGUCUCAAGCUGAUGUGCGGAUACCUUCCUCCUCUCAUGGAGGAAGAGGAAUGGAGUUGUAAUGACCUGAAGGCAAAAACGUUAGGGUCUGUGGUUGGACUGUCUUCGAAAACCCUGAGGGCUACUGCUACCAUCCGGACAGCAACUGAAGUCCUGGAGAACAGUUGCAGGUCCCACCGUCGAGGAGACCCCGCCAGCCCCUACUUUGUCAACUCCGGCUACAUUUUUGCCCCUGCCACCAGUGCCAACGACAGCGAGAUCUCCAGCGAUGCCACGACAGAUGAUUCCAUGUCCAUGACAGACAGUAGUGUAGAUGGAAUCCCUCCAUACAAACUGGGCACCAAGAAGCAGCUCCAGAGAGAGAUACAUCGCAGUGUCAAGAUCAAUGGCCAGGUUACGCUACCCCACUUUCCUAGGACAUACCGGCUGCCUAAGGAGAUGACCCCUGUUGAGCCCUCAGCCUUUGCCGCCCAGCUCAUUGCCAGGCUGGAGAAGCUGAAGCGAGAGCAAGACACCAUGAGUUCGCUGGAAGAGAGGCUGCAGCAGAUCCAGGAGGAGGAGGAAAGGGAGGAGAGCAGCGACCUUGCCAGCAACACCUCCCUCCAUCACCCUCUUCUCCCAUCUGGCAGUCAAUGCGAGGAAGACCCCCAGGCUAUCCUAGACGAGCACCUAUCCCGUGUUCUGAAAACACCUGGUUGCCAGUCACCAGGCGUGGUUCGGCACUCGCCGCGCUCACGCUCCCCAGAUCGGACGGGUGCUGUGGUGUCUUCUGGCCACGGGCCCUUCUUUGGUGCUUAUCCUGGGGCCGCCAAGGUUCUGAUGACAGGCAAGCAGUCCACAAAGCACAUCCACCAUCACUACAUCCACCAUCACCACGCUGGGCCGAAGACCAAGGAGCAGAUCGAGGCCGAGGCGGCUCAGCGCGUGCAGUGCCUCUGCCCUCCAGGGGGCACCAAUUAUUCUGACUUCACCCCUGCUCGCUGCAGCACUUUGUCCAGACGGCCAGUCAAGGCCACAGAUGAGGGCGUGUCUUCACCGCGCCUUCCACUUGAUGCCACUGAUCGCUCUCAGAAUGUUUGGCAGUGGAUCCUAGAGAGUGAGAGGCAGGGCAAGCACAAGCCACACAGCACUCAAGGUCUGAAGAAGUCCAGCCCACUUGACUCCAAGACCCUGCCUGGUCGGACUAACUACUCUUGGGGUGGAGGAGGCAUCGGCAGUGGGGCUCACCUCCGUGGACACCACCCUGGCCACCCGUUCAUCCAGGAUCCAGCCAUGCCACCCCUGCCCCCACCCAACACUCUGGCACAGCUAGAGGAGGCCUGCCGCAGACUUGAAGAGGUCUCCAAGCCGCCAAAACAGAGGAAUUCAACAGCAGCCAGCAGCCUUCAGAGAGACAGGAGCCAUCCAGCAGCUGCCUUCCCCACUGGAGGAAGCCCUCUAGCCAGCCCUGGACUCCAAACAGACGAGUCUAAGGAACUAGUGGUCACCUACUUCUUCUGUGGUGAAGAGAUUCCCUAUCGCAGCAUGAUGAAGACCCACUGCCUCACCCUGGGACACUUCAAGGAGCAGCUUAGCAAGAAAGGCAACUACCGGUACUACUUCAAGAAGGCAAGUGAUGAGUUCGAGUGUGGCGCUGUGUUCGAGGAGGUGUGGGAGGAUGCCACCGUGUUGCCCAUGUAUGAGGGCAAGGUCCUGGGCAAGGUGGAAAGGAUGGACUAAAAGCCACUUUGUUGCCAGCCAAACAAUGCCCUUCCCUGCCCAACCAAAAGCUAAACUGUCCCUAAAAAACUUGAGCAAGAGACUCUAUGUAAUUAACAAAAAAACACUCUGGACUCCUUUGUUGUUUUGUUUUUUUCUAUUUCUUAAUAUUAAGCUAAACAGAGUUAAUAUAUCCAGCACAAGAGGAGUGAUUGAAGGAAGACGAGCCAAUGAAGUAUACCGAAUCCAGUGGAGGUGCCGCCCCUCCCUGACUUUCUCAACCAAUCAGCCUUAGAAACACAAGGGAAUGACAUGACAGACUUUUAAAGGCCAAUGCAAGGAGGAUGAUGGUGAUGGUGAUGAUGAUGAUGAUCAAGAGGAGGACCCCGCCUCUUCUUGAAUAUAACCACUGAAGAUGACUGUUUUGUCGUGAUGUGAUGAGAGACUGAUGGUGCAUUCGGCACAUCGGCUUCCCGGCCGAGUGCAGCGGACUAGCAGGCGCUGAAGAUGCAGUGCCACCAACCUGCUCUUAACGUUACACUCCAACAUCGUUACAAAAACGUCUGUACGUGUGCAUAUACAUACAUGCAUAUAUGUAUAUAUACAUGUAUUAUAUAUAUAGAUGCUUUUUGUCAUGAGUUGAAAGUUUUUAUUAAGUAUUUAUUGAAAAAAACAACCCACUCCUUUCCCUGUUCUCCCUUCCCAAGUCUUCUUAAACCUGUGUUCCUCCCUCUCCCUAUUUCCAGCCAAUGGGCAAGCUGCUUUGAAUGUUGGGAGAAUACUGUGGUGAUAUUGUUUAGUGUUUGUUAUUGUUUGUUUUUACUUUACACAAAAGGAUGUGACACUAGCCUAGCACCUCCCAUAGCCUUGUAGCCCCGUCUGACCCAAAAUAACAACCUUAGCAGUGGUCUUGUCCGAGGCGCACUCCCUCCACUAUCCUUAUGGGCAAUCCCAGUCUUAAAUGCUGCUGAUAGUUUGUAAUGUUAAGUUUGUCACACUAGCGUUUCCAUUCCCUCGUUCUCUCCCCCCUCCCUCUCCUUUUCCCCUUCUCUCAGUCCGGCGACAGAGCUCAAUCUUUUAUGUUGUGCCUUUGUUUGUAAACCAGGCAUUGCACAGGGGGGGGGGGAUAGUUGCAGAUACACACAGAGGAGACCUGGAGCACAAGUUGUACCAUCUAAUAAUGGCAGUGUUUACAGCCCGCACACCAAAAUAACUUGUGCUAACAAGAACCAGUUUGGGUCAUUGAGAACGACUUCUCAAGGAAGUCAGCUAGCGUGUCAAAAAACACAAAAAAGGAAGAAAAAAAAAAAGUGAACAUUGAAGAAUUAUGGCUCCGAUAUCCUUUGAAUGUUGUUACAGUAACAUCGUAUAUAGCAGAGUUCCUGUAUACAUUGUAAUUAUGCAUUCUGAAGUAUGGAUACUGACACAUGUGAUGCACACAUAGAGUACACACACACACACACACACGCACACACACACACACACACAAACAAUACACACAUCAAACACACUAUCGCUGGUGUUUUAUGAGUACAGCACCUGUGCCUACAUGGAUGCCAUACCAUGUGCUACCCUGUUUCAGGGUUUUAAUAUAUAUCCCUUGAUUCUCAGAAGGGUUUUAUGUUGAAAAGAUAUUUUUAUGCUUUUAAUAAUAUCCUGUAAUCAUGUUUUUUUUUGUUUUGUUUUUGUUUUUACACCACGGCCUUUUUGUUUUGUUUCAUUCUAUCUAAACUGUAAAUUAUACAUUAUAUAAAGAGUUUCAUUUAAAGAUUUACAUGGACCUAUAAUUAUUGUAAUUAUUGAGAGAUGUAGCCUUUAUUAAAGUUUUAUAUUUUUCAA